UCUUUCCAUAUAUUCUAAUAACCUCUUCUUCUUUUUAUUUAUUUAUUUAUUUAUUUAUUUAUUGUUUUCAUGGUUAUACGAUUUCAUUAGUCUUUAAUUUCUCUGAGGAUGUAUAAGUUUCUGCCCAUUGCAUAAGUUUUUUCCUCAAAUCUGAAACUUAAAAUGGAUAAGAAGUCAAGGAGAUAUCCUAGGAUAGGCUAGUGAAUAUAAUGGCAUAGCUAACCCUUUAAUUUAAUCAGCUGAAGGCCAAUGAUAUACUAUGUGACUCUUGUCUAACACUCUUGUUUUGCAAUAUUCUUACUUUAUACUUGAGCAUUUGAUUGCUUCUGUGAGCUCAAGUUAAAUAUCCCCACAAGGCUUUGUGUCUUGAGUUCUUGACCAAAUGAGGUCUAACAACGUCAGUUUGCCUUUGCAUUUUUGUAUAUGUGAAUCCCUCUCUCAUAUUGACUCUCAUGGUAUUUCCUUCAUGGUUUUUGGAAUAACAAGUGUCAAAUAGCAACGAGAUUCCUAAGGCUUUAAGCGAGAAGUGAAGUGCACAAUAUAAAGAAGAUACGACUGGUAUUCAGACAGGAAGAAUGACGGGACAACAUUAUAAGGAUCCGAAAUCUUCUAUUACUAGCAUUUUUGCUUGUCAGUUCUUUGUGCUGUUACAAUAUAUGAACUACCUCCCAAUGAUGCAAGUCUUUCUAGUUAACAGAUUGUUGAUAAUCUCUUCCCUCUUUCAUUUUCCUUAUCCUUUUUUUUUUUUUUUUUGGUUUCAUAUAACAAUUUGGAUAUGCCUUUUCAUACACCCUUUAGAAAAAAACAAGGAGAUCUGUAACAGAGAAGCAAUAUAAAUGUAGCAAUAUCUUUUUGAAACCUACUGCAAAAUAUAUGGUGUUAUCCAUCUAGAAAUGUAGAGUCUGGGAAGGGUGAUAAGAGAAUGAAAGAAAGGAAAGAUUCCGAUGAUCAGAGGAAUCACCGGAGGAUGGACGAAGUGUCCAGGAUGGACACUAGAAAGUUUUCUCGAAAUAUGUGCAGGGGAGCAUUUUUUUAUUAUGAUAAUAUGCUGGAUGUUUCUUUUUGUCUCUGAUAAGUGAUAUAUCUUUUGCACUUCUAAAAAGUAGAAAAUAGAAAAGUUAUCUGCAUAUGUACUUGGGAAUUUUAAUUCAGUAAGUUUAAUCUAUAUCCCUUAAAAAGAAAAGAAAACACGGAUAUCAAACAUGUUCUGCACACCGCGUGGGUACAUGGAUGAUUUAGAAUGGGCACUAAUCCAAAAAAGUAAAUAUACGGGCUCUAUCAAAUAGGAUUGGAAAAGGAUCAUUUCCAACAUAAAUACAAUAACUUUUUAGAACCGUUUGUGCUUCAUAGCUACAAAUCAUGGCCACCUUCAAAAGCGUUGUUUUGUGAAAAAGUAUGUUUGAAUUUGGCACAAAGUAGACACAAACCAAAGGUGUAUUUGAAAACCAUGUUUGAGCAUUCUAAUUGUUUUAGCCUGUUAACCUUAGAAACCAUCUCCCCAAUGUGUCUAUCACGGUAUCACCACAAAAAUAAACAAAAAAAUAAAAAGAAAAAGAAACAGAAAAAAGAAAGAGAAAAAGAAAGCACCUCCUCAAUGUGUAUGAGUUUCUCUUAAGUUAGAUGUAAGGUCAACUUGCAUAUAGAAUUGAGCUUUUUUCUAAAAGAGCAGCAAAGGUUGGGAGAAAGAAAAGAAAGAGUAAAGACCUAUACCUUUUCCUGAAGCCAGAGAGCACCUUGUGAUGCAGUUGAUUAACUACAAUGCAAAGUAUAAAUAUGGCUACAUACAAACAUACUAAGUCCUAUCUUUUCCCUCUCUUCCCCAGUUCAUGCUCUACAAACCUUGUUUUUCUUGAUGGUAGUAUUGUGCUUCAUAACUUUGUAUUGUUUUACGGUCCUUUUUAAGCAUGCAAGUUUAAAUUUCUUUAGACCCUGAAGGAAUACAUGAUCUAAGAUCACACAUUUCAGGGCAUGCAAAUCUGGAUACUCCAAUUUGGUUUUCCACUUGGCCUCUACCUAGGCACGGAAGCUUGAAGCUCAGCUGGAUGAGCAGAUGCAUUUAUAUCGUAAAGUUGUUUCCUUAAAAGUUGACAGUGCAAAUGAUAAUGAUCUCGAAUCCAGUAUAAAUCAGCUACUCAAGCAGCUUCAGCAAGUAAAUUCACAAAUGCAAGCUUGGGUUUCAUCUGGAGGAUCUGAGAUCUUUUCUCAUACAUUGACUCGCCAUCAAGAAAUUCUUCAGGAUCUUUUUGAGGAGUUUAAUCGGCUUCGUUCAAGUUACAGAGCUAAGAAAGAGCAUGGUUCACUGCUUGAAGAUUUUAGAGAAUUUGACCGAACUCGAUUAGAUCUGGAAGAUGGCAGCGGGUCUUAUGAGCAAGCACUCCUUAAUGAGCGUUCUUCCCUGCAUAGGAGUACUGGACAGAUGGAUGGUGUAAUUUCUCAUGCUCAAGAAACCAUGAAGGCGCUUGUGUUUCAACGAUCAACAUUUGGUGGCAUCAAUUCAAAACUGAGCAAUGUCGCAAGUCGCCUCCCAACUGUUAAUCAUAUUCUUUCAGCAAUAAAGAAGAAAAAGUCAAUGGACACAAUCAUUUUUUCAUUAGUUGCCUCUGUAUGCAUGUUUCUCAUUUUGAUUUACUGGUUCACGAGAUGAAUCGGGUAAUAUACUGGUUUUCUCGAUAGAGGUGAUGAGCACGGUAUUUGCUCAUUGUAUUGUUUGUAUAUUACGGACUGACUAAUUUUGUUAUUCUUCAUUCUUGCACAUUUAGGAUUGUUUAUUGAAUUCUUUAUCAAGCACCCGUUUUUCUCAAGUACAACUUGCCAAUGCAAAUUCUGGGAAUUAUUGAUUUGUACGAUUAAACACGAUUCAGUUGGGUGUUCCUUGUUUCCUCUUUUUAA